CGCCCGGUCGAGAGCACGCGGCCUUCGCCAUGAGCGCGUUGAGCGCGUUCCCUCCUGCGCCGCAGGAGAUGGUCGCGGACCCCCUCGUCGACGCGGCGGUCCGACAAUGCGACGACUUCCUCAGCUCGCCCAGCGUCAAGAUCCAGGUUGGCAAGAUUGAAGAAUUCGACGUCGUUCACCAGACGUCGUUCUUCGGUCUGGGCCACUGGCAGUCGAAGACUAUACGGUUCCCGGUCACGUCCGGCGACGACAAAAACGCGCCCCCGGUGCUCUUCGUGACCAUCACCAUUCCGAAGUACGACGAGUUUGUCAUCUCCAUCACCACCGCGGACGGCCGGAUCGUCGCCAGGACUUCCCCAUAUGCCCCGGAGGGAGGACAUGGCGCUCCGAUUUUCCCUCCCGCCAAGCCGGGCGCGUGGGUCGAGUGGGGAGGCGCGCAUCACGGCCACGUCGAUUUCGACUCGACGAAAAGGAUGGCGCUCGUGCCCUGCUGCCCCAUCUCGACGAGGAACAGUGUCGGGCUCACGGAGGCUGUCUCCGUCCGCUCCGACACCCUCAGCCCGAGGUACGUGCUGGCGACGCUGGCCGUGCCCCUGCUGUGCUUCGGGGUGCCUCUCAUGUUCGUCGCCUUGCUGUGCUGUCACGAAUCGACCGAUGUCAUGAACCGCAACACCGGCGAGCGACUCGCCAAGAAAUCGCACGGCGGCUGCGUACCUUUUUGCGCCGAAUGUCCGAGACCAGGAGGGUUCGAAUAUGUACAUGGGAGGGAGGUUCCCUUGCAUGGAAUGAACCGCGAACAGCGUCGCCUGACCCUCCUGGCGUUCGUCUUCGAGCUCGCGCAGCAGUAUUCGGAAGAACCGAGAAGCAACGGCGGCGGCGGCGGCGAUGGCGGCGGCGGCGGCGGUUGAGCGCGGACGGUUUUACGUACAUAUCGCGCGUAAUAAUACAUCUUCGACAACCGACUCGGUCGUCUUCGUGUCGUCGACUGGUCAAGUCACCUAGUCACCUGUGAUGGUACACGCGCGAUUACCCCUCGGCGGACCUGCGCCCGUACCCGUCGUUCCUCUCGUGUCUCCCCAGGAUGGCAUCAGUCGCGCGAAGCGCCUUCGCCGUCCUUGCGCCGCAAACCGGUCCGAGCAUCGCGUGUUGCACCUCACCGACAAUCAGCUGAGGAGCGUGCCGGCGGAGAUCGGGCAGCUCGCGUCGCUGAGGGAGUUGUACCUCUACGGCAAUCAGCUGACGAGCGUGCCGGUGGAGAUCGGGCAGCUCACGUCGCUGAAGAAGUUGAACCUCGGCGGCAAUCAGCUGACUACCGUACCCGCGGAGAUCGGGCAGUUCACGUCGCUGUUGUGGUUGUCCCUCGACAACAACAAGCUGACGAGCGUGCCGGCGGAGAUUGAGCAGCUCAAGUCGCUGAUGAGGUUGUGGCUCGCCGGCAAUCAGCUGACGAGCGUGCCGGCGGAGAUUGGACAGCUCACGUCGCUGAGGGAGUUGUUGCUCAAAGGCAAUCAGCUGACGAGCGUGCCGGCGGAGAUCGGGCAGCUCACGAUGCUGAGGGAGUUGAGGCUCGAAGGCAAUCAGCUGAGGAGCUUGCCGGCGGAGAUCGGGCAGCUCACGUCGCUGAAGAAGUUGACAAUCAGCUGACGAGCGUGCCGGCUGCGAUACGCAAGCUCAGAGCGGCGGGCAGCAAUGUGCGCAUGGCUGACGGCGUGACGGUGGACGAGUGAUCGCAUCACUUCCCAGCGUAGGCGUGUCGCGCGAUAGCAGAUUGUACAAAGUAACACGAUGUG